GAGCUUCCCGUCGAGCGGCCCCGCGGUAUCCACUGCCGGCAGGGCAGGGGACAGAAGGCUGGGCCAGGGAGCUGCAGUACCAGGCCCUCGAGUGCUGUGAGCGUUAGGAGAAGUCGAGGCUGCGGCCUGGGAUUCGGGCGUUCAGUUGUGGUUGAUUGAGUUCACUUCUUUCCCCGGGUGUCUGGCUCGGUGCUGCUGUCGUGACUUUUAAAAAAAAAGAAAGUGGCUGCUGUUCGCCUGGAUCUGUUCAUUUCGGCAGUAUAGGUUGGAGAGUCAGGCUUAUGGGCCCGCUGUCCGGUGGGAGGGAAUGGAAAGGUCGGCCGACAUCUCCUGAAGUUACACUCCCAGUCUUCACUGAAUUAAACUACAAAGUGAAGCGACGCACCUCCACAACUCCCCGCCCGAAGAUCUGUCAGGAGACUGCUGGAGGAGACAUUAAGGAUGCCAGACAUCAGUAUGAAGGGGCUGUAGUAAUUCUUGAUGCAGGAGCACAGUAUGGAAAAGUAAUUGACCGGCGUAUUAGAGAACUUUCUGUACAGUCAGAAAUUCUGCCACUUGAGACACCUGCUUUUGCAAUCAAAGAGAAUGGUUUUCGAGCUAUAAUCAUAUCUGGAGGGCCAAGUUCUGUCUAUGCAGAGGAUGCUCCAUGGUUUGAUCCAGCGAUAUUUACAAUUGGCAAACCAGUUCUUGGAAUCUGCUAUGGAAUGCAGAUGAUGAAUAAAGUUUUUGGAGGUACAGUGCACAGAAAGAAUGUGAGAGAAGAUGGUCUUUUUACUGUAAAUGUGGACAACAGUUGUUCACUGUUCAGAGGUCUACAGAAAGAUGAGCUUGUUCUGCUCACACAUGGUGACAGUGUGGACAAGGUGGCAGAGGGGUUCAAAGUCGUUGCACAAUCUGGAAACAUUGCAGCAGCCAUCGCAAAUGAAUCCAAGAAACUCUAUGGUGUUCAGUUCCACCCAGAAGUGGAUUUGACAGAGCAUGGGAGAGACAUUUUGAAGAAUUUCUUGUUUGAUAUUGCUGGAUGCAGUGGGACAUUCACAGUCCAGAGCAGAGAAGUAGAAUGCAUCCGAGAAAUACAAAAUAAAGUAGGACAUUCCAAAGUUUUGGUACUGCUGAGUGGUGGAGUAGAUUCUACUGUGUGUACAGCUUUAUUGAAUAAAGCUCUGAACCAAGAUCAAGUAAUAGCUGUUCAUAUAGACAAUGGUUUCAUGCGAAAAAGAGAGAGUCAGUCUGUUGAAGAAGCCUUGAAGAAACUUGGUAUUAAAGUUAAAGUGGUUAAUGCAGCACAUGCAUUCUACAACGGUACAACAACUCUGCCAAUUUCAGAAGAAGACAGAACUCCCAGAAAGAGAAUAAGUAAGACCCUAAAUAUGACGACAAAUCCUGAAGAGAAAAGAAAAAUAAUAGGGGAUACUUUUGUGAAGAUUGCAAAUGAGGUAAUUGGAGAAAUGAAUCUGAAGCCUGAAGAAGUGUAUCUUGCUCAAGGUACUUUGAGGCCAGAUUUAAUUGAAAGUGCUUCAUUAGAGGCAAGCGGGAAAGCUGAUGUCAUCAAAACUCAUCACAAUGAUACUGAACUGAUAAGAAAAUUGAGGGAAGAGGGUAAAGUGAUUGAGCCCCUAAAAGAUUUCCACAAAGAUGAAGUGAGAGCAUUAGGCAGAGAGCUGGGUCUUCCUGAAGAUGUAGUUUUGAGACAUCCAUUCCCAGGACCUGGUCUUGCUAUUAGAAUAAUCUGUGCUGAUGAGCCAUACAUUUGCAAAGACUUUGCGGAAACUAAUAACAUUUUGAAAAUAGUAGCUGAUUUUUCUGCAAGUGUGAAAAAGCCGCACACGCUAUUACAAAGAGUCAAGUCCUGUACAAGUGAUGAAGAGCAAGAAAAAUUGAUGCAAAUUACAAGCCUGCAUUCACUUAAUGCUUUUCUUCUGCCAAUUAAAACUGUUGGAGUACAGGGUGACUGUAGGACGUAUAGUUAUGUUUGUGGCUUAUCUAGUAAAGAUCAACCGCACUGGGAUUCCUUCAUAUUCCUAGCCCGACUUAUUCCACGAAUGUGCCAUAAUAUUAACAGAGUUGUGUAUGUUUUUGGACCACAGAUUCGAGAACCUAUAACAGAUGUAACACCAACUUUCCUAACAACAGGAGUGCUUAGUACACUCCGGCAGGCUGACUUUGAGGCGCAUAACAUUCUUAGAGAGUCUGGUUACUCUGGGAAAAUUAGUCAGAUGCCAAUUGUUUUAACCCCGCUACAUUUUGACCGUGACCCACUCCAGAAGCAGCCCUCUUGUCAGAGAUCUGUGGUGAUUCGAACCUUCAUUACAAAUGAUUUUAUGACUGGCAUCUCAGCAACUCCUGGCAAUCACAUUCCUGAAGAGGUUAUUUUAAAAAUGGUGAGAGAAAUCAAGAAGAUACCUGGAAUUUCCCGUGUCAUGUACGACUUGACCUCAAAACCACCUGGAACUACGGAAUGGGAGUGAAUGAAACAAUUUUUUUUGUGAAAACAUUCCCAGUGUUAACAGUAAGGUGGAAGUGUGACUGGAGCUGCUACUUUGCACCUUUUUCUUUUUGUCAUCCCUCCCCUUGCCCUACCCAGAUCCUACCGUAUAAUUCAGUAUUUGGCAAGGAUAUAUUUUAAUGGGUUAAGAAUAUGUACGGGUAAGGGAUUCAUCAUCAGAUUUUCCUGGUAAAAUUGUGAAGCCUUUGCCAAUGUAUUUGGACACCCUUUAUAGUACAAUUUGUCUGGUGUUUUGAACUUUCUAAGGCACAGUUCAUUUGCAGUAAAUUAACUAAGCCAUUGCCAGUAUAUCAUUGUAAAUCUCAAUUAUUGAUGUGACCAAUUUUUUUUUUUAAAAACAGAUCUGUUACAAAUAUUUUGCCAAAUGGAUAGGUUGUAUGGAAGUAUAUUGGCAAGUUUUGAUGUAUUCAGUAUGUUUAAAGUUUAUUGACAGUUUGUAAUUGCAUUGUUCUAAAUGAACAAAUUACCAGCAGUUUGGCUCUGUUUAUCACUGUAAUUUUGGAUACUGUAUGAAAUGAUUAGAAUGAACACAGUUGUGAUUUUCAUGGCCUAAAGAACUCUCAAAGGGUUUGAUUUUUGCCAAAAAUCCUGAUCAUAUACAUGCUUUUGAAUAUUAGCAGCCAACUGUGUACUGUACAUAUUUCCUAACUUGCAUGUGAGCCAAAAUUUUAUUUGAAGGAUAAGAGGACUAGGGUUUUCCAAAGGCAGCAUUUUUAAUGUAUCAUUUGACAAUUUUAUAUAUCUAUUUUAUUAACUGACUACCAUAAUUUCAUUGUGAAAUAUUUUCACUUUGCUAUUUACCUAGAUAUCAGUUUAUCAACACAAUAUGUAUGGUUAUUAUUAAUUGUUGCCUUAAUUUGAUCACCUCUAUCCCACAUGUUCAGAAAAUGUAAUUUAUAAUUGUAAACUUUGUCAAAUUAAUAAAUUGAUAAGACAUACCUCAAGUUCUGAAAUUUCCAUGCAGAAGUAACUUUGUCAGUGGUACAUUGUAAAGGUUUUGAGUUUUGAACUUACUACAGAAACAUUCAUGAAAAUCUCUAUUCUGACGAUGUUAUCUUUAGAUUUUUUUCAUAAGUCCAAAUCAGUUACAUUCAGAAUUUUAGCAAGCUAAGUUCAGUCCAUCUACUUUGAGUGUAUAUCUAAUUUAUCCAAAUUGUAUGUACAGAAAUAAACAUUUUCUUCUAUGCAUCUACAUCUUAAAUAUAUUAAAAUUCCUGAAUGUUGGAAACCAAACAUUUCAGUGAAGAUGCAGACUGUUUGGCAGAUUAGAUGAUCAGAUCACUUCACUUGGGUGAUUUGAUAAAGUGCAACUAACAGACUUCGCAUCAUUUUCAUUCGAAAGGUAUUUUCUUGUUCCAGUUUGUAGCUACAUGCAGGAACAUUCAUGCCAUUAAAGAUUUCAUAUCAAUUCCUGAUGCCUGAGCAAUGUGUUUACUGUAUUGCCAUUUUGCAGUUGAAAUUCAUAACAACUAAAUUAUGCAUCAUGCAUUAGGUACAGCAGUCGAUACAUUUUUAUUUGAAAAAUCAUGAUUUCCAAUGUUGCUGAAAACAAGUUAUUUAGCUCAAAACCCUUUGGUGAAAUUUGUGGUACAUAGUUCCCUUUAUGUAAAAACGGAUGCCUAAAUUACUUUUUCUCAGAUUAGUACUGCAGAGUAUUUCAGGUAAAAUAAAGCCCUUUGUUUACAAUUUAUGCAUGGCCUAAAAUUUGAUCUUUUUUAAAACUUUUUCAAAUUUUGUGGUACUGAUGAUGAGGAAAAUGUAAAUUUUGAAAUACAUGAACAUUUGCCAUUUUAAAAACUGAUGACCAGUGAGUUCAUUGUGAUCUCAAUGUUAAAAUUAUUAAUUGGAACAAACUAUCUCCUUUUCAUAUAGGCACAAAGAAGGGAAAUGGGUAUUUUUGAAAGCAGGAAAAUGAAUAUUUUUGAAAGCAGAAUUGGUAUUUUUGAAAUGUUAGUGAAAGGUGUAUCUGUUUAAUUUCCACUCCAUACCUUUGCUGCUAACAAGUCUUUAUCAACAUUCAAAUCAUUUAAGCGACUUAAGUCGAUGUAUAUAAAUAUAUAUAUCCAUACUGCUGUAAAUUAAUUUUUUAGUAAUUCAUUUUAUUGCAUGCACAUUUCCUAUCUAUAGAUUUGUUUAUUGUUGAGCCUCAAUAAAGUAUAGUAUUAAA